GAAAAUUUUAAUUUUGAUGGAAAAAGAAAAAGCCCUCGUCUCCACAACGAUUGCUUUGACCAAAUUGGAUUUGAAUCCCAGAUCACACCGCAUAGUUCAAAACCCUCAAUCUCAAACCUCAAGAACACAGCUUGGAAGGCCAAAAUCAGCUCCCACUUUACUCAAUUUGUGUCUUGGAGUUGUUGGUAGUCACUUGGAGGAUCUUAUCCCCCAUUUGGCUGACAUUGCACUUGACUUUCCAUCAGAAAUUAAGAGGGUGCUGGUGGCGAUUGCGAGAAGAAGGAAGUUACUUAAGGAUGAUGUUAUUAUAGCAUUAGCUGAUGAGAGCUGGGAUGUUCUUGACCUCUCUGCAUCAGAUGUUUCGGAUUUGGGUUUAGCAAAAGUGGCUGAGAUUUGUGGAUCUCUUCGAGCUGUUGAUAUUAGAGGGAGCCGGAAUAGUGAUCGCACUGCACGCAGGUGCUUAGAUGUAUUUAAGCCAGAGUUGAACAAUUUAGAGGGAGAUUCCUGGGAAGAACUGAAGACUGAAGAACUUGGUAAUGUUGCAGAUACGUUACGGUGGCUUGUGUGGCCACAGAUUGAUAAAGAUUCCUUGGAAAGAUAUUCCACUGAAUGCCCACAGAUUAUUGUAAAUCCAAAGCCAUCCCCCUUUGGAUUCAGUGGAACCCAAGUUCCAUGGGAAGCAUUACCAGAUAUCCAGUUGGAUAAUUCUGUGGUCAAGGAUAUUGAUCCGAAGACAUGGGUGACAUGGGGUUUUAUACCGAGGGCAAUGCCUCCAUCUCCUUUAAUCGCAGACCCCAAGGAAUUGUCUUUGGCUGAGAAGUUCAGACUUGCAUUUGAAGAAAGGGAUACCCGGUAUGCUCUAAAGCGUGCCAAAAAUGCAAGGCAACAUCAACGACGUGCAGCAAGGGAGAGGAUGAUGAUGGAUAUAGAAAGAAAAGCAUUAGCACUAGCGUCCCAAGCGAGCAGAUCUUUACAUGGUUAAAACUUACAAAUUUUGUUUGUUUGAAUCACACAAUUGUGUACCCAUUAUUCAUAACUGUAGAAGAAAAAAGAUAAAUUGUACAGAAACUGUACACUUGAUUUCACUGAGAAGUGUCAAUUUUGCUGCCUAAUGAUAAUAUCUUGAAC